UCGACGGCGGCGGGAGGCGUGCAGCCUGGCCGGUCGCGCCAUGGACGCAGGAGCGGAAGCGAAAGGGGGUGGCGGCCCCGCAGUCCCUGAGGACCCUGUGAGCCCCGGGCUCCCGCAGCUCCCGCGCCGCCCGCAGCUCCUGGAGGAGGACCGAGCGCCCAGCGAGGAAGUGGCCGCCGCAGACGGAGGGGACGCCGCGGCGCCAGAGGGACCCCCGGGCGAGCCCCCGGCCGAGGCCUCCGCGGCGCCCCCAGCCCAGGCCCAGGCCCAGGCCCAGGCCAUGGCCGCGGGCGAGGCCCUGCCAAUGCCCAAGGCGGCGGCCGGUGGGGUCCCCAACAUCGGCUUCGUGGGCGAGCCCCCGCCCUACGCGCCGCCGGACCCCAAGGCCGCGCACCUGCUCUACCCGCCGCACUUCUCACCGCCGGUGCUCUUUCCGCCCGCGCCGGCCGCCCCGGCCCUGUACCCGCCGCCCGCACCGCUCUUCCCCGCGCCUGCCGCACAGCCGCUCUUCGCCACCUUCCCAGUGUACAACAGCCCCGUGGCAGGCGUGCCAGCCCCGGCCCCGGCAGAACACAGGCCCCCGCCCAAGGACUACAUGAUGGAGUCUGUGCUGGUGACCCUCUUCUGCUGUCUCCUCACUGGGCUCAUCGCCAUCGUCUACUCCCACGAGACCCGCGCAGCCCUGGCCCGGGGGGACCUGGCUCAGGCUCAGGAGGCCUCUCGCAAGGCCCGCUCGCUGGUGCUCUUCAGCCUGCUCUUCGGGGUCUUCGUGUCCACCAGCUGGGUUAUCUACGUGGUGGUCGCGCUCUACCUGCCUUGAGGGCUGCUCGCUCCGCUGGGGACUCCGGGUCCUUGGCCAGGCUCCUUCUGUGGACUUGAAUUCCCGCCGGCAGCCACCUGUCACCUAGAGGGGACCCGGGCGGGAGGCCGGAAGACGGUGGGCUCUGCAGUCCAUGGCACCCCUGUGGCCGGGCCUCGGCAUCCUGGCCUGAGGGGGCCCCAGUGCCCCGGUGGCUCCAGCUGGGGGACGGGGGCCAGCGCCUCCAUGCCCAGGCCUUCUCCUGACCCUGAGGGACCAGCGCCCUCCUCUCCUCAGAGUCGCUGGCAAGGACGUUGCCACCUCCGGCCGCCCAUGCCUGCAGGGCCUAGCUGCCCGGCUCUCGCCCUCCCUGUGGGAGCUGAGAGGAGCAGCCUCCCCUCUCCUGGGUGGCUCCUGCCCCACCCAGGAGGCAGCCUCUCUCUCUCCUGCUGACCCCUCGCCCCAAAGCCCAGGCCAUGGUGACCGGUCAGUGGACGCACAGCAACACGCCGGGCGGAGGGUCUCGUGGCUGCUUCGGGAGCGUUGCUGGCCCUGGUCCCUUCAGGGGCUCUGGGGUUCCCCCUCCUGUCCCUCCGGGAUGCUGUUCUCUGCCCACACUGCCGUGGUGUCUGACUCGUGCACAUGGGCUGGAGCAGGGCGGGAAUUUCUGUCGGGUGUUUCCUGGCCAAAGGUGACAGCAGAGCAGGGACGUCUACCCGCACGGAGAAGAGGAGGGGACCUCGGCAGAGUCACGAAGGUGGACAGCUCCGGGGGGCUCUCUGAGCACCCACUGGGUGCCAGUCUCCGCCCUGGCACUCACCAGGACCGGGAGCUGAAGCAGGAGCACAUCCCGUCUUGACCCUUGGGACGCUCCUGGAGCCUGGGAGAUGCAGAUACAGAAGAAGAGAGGCAGGACGCUGCGUGGAGCUUGAGAGGUGGCCUCAUGGUCCAGGCCGCGGGGCUGGCCCAGACUAAGGCUCUCAAACCCUAAAAUGCAUGAUCGUCACGAAAUAGGGGGAGUAAAUGGGAUUUAGGGGUCCAUAGACGCCGGACGGCCAUAGCAACUUCUGUCACUAAACUCUUCUAAGUAAAAUCAAAAUAGAAAUCACGUAGACCAGUGUGCCACUAGCCCGAAAGCCUAUAGGAAACACCUGGGAUCCUUGUUAAAGUGCGGAUCCUCAUUCCGUAAGUAGGGCCCGAGAUCCUGCAGUUCUCAUUUCUGCUCCCAGGUGCCACUGAAGCUGGUAAAUUGGACCAACUUUAUGUGGUUAAAACCAUUAAAUCAGGACCAAGCCAAGGACGCCCCCUAGAGUCUCUGCUCAGCACUGUUGUGAGGUUCUAGCUAGUGAAACAAACAGCAAAAAAUGAAAUUUGUAGUAUGAAAACUAGAAGAGAAAAAAUGAUGCUCUGGCUAGAAUAUGCAAGCAUCCAUGAAAAAUUAGAAUAAGAGGACUCAGAAAAGUGAUUAUAGUAGUCAGUAGCAAUAUUCAGUUAAAAGUGGAAAAAAUGUAAAAUUCCACUCAAUAGUGAUUAAGAAACAGUAAAACUUAGGCAUAAAUUUAACAGGAAAAAAAGAACAAUUUUUUUAGAAGGAAAGUACAUGUGUUAUAAGAUGCCAUACAAGGAUUUUGGGACAUCUACUGUUUGAAAAAAACAAAACCCCGUGCCUCUAAAAAGAGCAAAGAACAAAGUAUCUGCAUAUAAAGAUGUAAUAUCAUAAAAUAUCUAGCUUUCUUAAACAGACUUAAUGAAAUUCCAACAAGAAAGCUAAGCUUUUAAAACUGACAAAGAUGUUUAAAAAAUAUGGAAGGAAAAUGUGCAAAAAUUGCUAAUUUUUUCAGUUUAAUGAGGGAAAACUGUCUUCACCAGAUUUUGAAACUUACGAUAAAGCUCCAGUAAACGCAGAGUGCAGCAUGGCUUUGCCACAGAACUGGAAUGGUGAAACAUAAAGCCCAGAAAACACUCCAGGUGUAUGUGGGACAAUAAUUCCUGGCCCAGAGAGCAUUUUAGUUGAGUCAGGGUGGACAGCAAGCAGAGUUGGCUAACUGGUUGGAAAAAAAAUGAUUCUCCUCCUAUUGUAUAAAUAAAUUCCAAGUAGUAUGAAAUAAAAGUGUACUAAUCUUAUAUGAAGCUUAGGGGAGCAUUUCUAUAGUUUCAGGGUGUUAGGCAGUGUGGAAGGGGCGGCCUCCCGCAAUCUGGAAUACUUUUGAGGAAAAGACUGGUAGCUUUUGAGUUCUGUGUGUUAGGGAAGAACUUACUUAAACUAUCGGAUGAUUUUUACUUAUCAGAUUGGAAAACGUUAGAAAGAUUGAUUCUGGAGUUGGUGAAACCUUGACCCUCUCAUUUGUUGCUAGGGAGGUGUGCAUUGCUACCCUCUUUGUAGAAAACAGACUAUGGUAUCUGUUAGUGAUACAUGUUCAGUUCCGUUCAGUUCAGUCGCUCAGUUGUGUCCGACUCUUUGCGACCCCAUGAAUCGCAGCACGCCAGGCCUCCCUGUCCAUCACCAUCUCCUGGAGUUCACUCAGACUCACGUCCAUCGAGUCCGUGAUGCCAUCCAGCCAUCGUAUCCUCGGUCGUACUAGGUAUUAAUGUGCAUGUGCGUGCAGAGACCAGAGUCUGGGAGGGUGUGUUCCAAGCUGCGGAGGGUGACUGCCUUUGGGGAGGGACUGGCACUUGUGCCACACGUCGCUGAAGUUUAAAAUGCGGGUGUAUUCAUGGGCUGUGCAAUUAAAAAACAACUGGAAAAAA